AUGGCAGGUCGACCCUAUUAUGGUUAUGGCCAUCCUCCACACGGCUACCCACCAGGGCCGCCUGGGUAUGGCGGAGGCUACCCCCCUGGUCCACCAGGAUCUGGAGGCGGUUAUCCUCCACACAUGUAUCCCCCCGGGGGCAUCAUGUUCUACCCCGUGCAUCCCGCGUACGUCUACCCCUAUCCUGUACAGCCACCCCCUGGGGACGAGGUGUUAGUCGCGGAUAACACUACGCCGACCUUACCUGGCGAAACUGUCGAGUUACCGUGGAGUAUAUACCGUUGGGUGCCCGCUUGUUUGAUGCAGCAGAGCAUUCCGCCUGGCGCAGUGCGCGUGGGAGCAGAUCCUGAUGGUGAUGAAAUCUUCGCAGCGCGUUGUCACCACGAGGGAGAAAUUCUUCCUGCCACUGUUAUUCCCAAUAAGAAAGUGUGUUACAUUGCUUAUGGAGGAGAGCAAGUAACCAAAGAUCAGUUUGAGGUACUAGUUCCUUCGAUGUUUUCGUGGCAGUUUGCAUCUGAAGGUGAAGUGCCCCCUGGUGCAGUCGAGGCUGGGACCACAGCUGAUGGAGAAAAGCUUUACUUUGGCAGGGUCACCCAUGACGGAUGUCAAACGCCGGGCAAGAUCCACCCGAGUGCCGGUACUUGUAUAUAUCCAUUUGAAGGCGAGGAAAAGAGUAGCAGCGAAUACGAAGCUCUCGUUCUCAUAUAA